GUGAUGGACGGGUCAUUAAAGGAUUUUUUGGGUUUGUCUCCCCCUCCCCCGCUACCGCAUUUUGGGGCAGCUCAGGGGUCAAACCCGAUUUUUUUUUCAUUUCCCCCCCCAGGCCCCGAAAUAUCCCUUUGAGGCCCAGCCCCAUCCCCUCGCGGGCCGGGGCUGCGCAUGCGCCCUUGUGGCCCGUUAUCAAUUGUAUUUAUUGAGGGCUUCACCAUCCUCCAGGUGGGUAGCAGAGCGCUUCGCGCAGCGUGGGUGUGCAGGAAGCGGGCCUCCGUCAUGACGGCGCACUCCUUUGCAAUCCCGGUCAUCGUCUUCACCACCUUCUGGGGCCUCAUCGGCAUCGCCGGGCCCUGGUUCGUCCCCAAGGGACCCAACCGCGGGGUGAUCAUUACCAUGCUCGUCUGCACCGCCGUCUGCUGUUAUCUCUUCUGGCUCAUCGCCAUCCUGGCCCAGCUGAACCCCCUGUUCGGGCCUCAGCUGAAGAAUGAGACCAUCUGGUAUGUGCGCUUCCUGUGGGAGUGACAGGCCACAGCUGCUGGGACAAGCUUCCCGAAUCUUCCCGUUCAGAUGGAGCUCUGCCCUACGGCAAGCGUGUCCCAGCAUCCUUCCGCCCAUCUCCUUUCCUCCGUCAUGCCGCCCGUGGGGGCCCAGAAACAAUCACGUCCCACCCAGAUCAAGGCAACGGCCACCGUUUUAGCUAACUUCCUCUAGGGAGAAGUCCACUCAACCAACACCCGGGUGCCCUCCUCCGUAACCACCCCUUCUCUGGGCCUUCAGGGGUCCCCGGGGGGGCUGGUCCUGGCUAAGCCUGUACCCCACAACUAGGCCCGCUCCUGACCAGAAGCCCUCCCUUUCCGGCUGCUGGUUCCAGUUGGUAACCAGGUUGGGUACUGGCUCCUGGAACCAUGUGGCAAGCACGAACCCUGUUCUGUCUUCUCCAUUUAUCGUGAACUCCCCACACCUGGGCCCCCACCCCAAGCCAGCAGAGGUGGGCGUGGGGAGGAAAGCAGCCUCUUGUUAUUAUUUAUUUUUAUUUUAUGCUCUAUUUAUUAGGCACCUAAUUGUUGGUGGUCUUGUAUAAAACUUCCGGCAGCCCCCGACUCUGCCUGUUAAGGGAGCCCCCCUGCCCUCACUUCCCCGACCCUGUCCGUCCUUUGUGCCCAAGCCAGGAGUUGGGGAGUUGGUUGGGGUGGUGUCAGAUGGUCAAAAUGAGGGAGUUCUUUUCACCAGGUCCCUAAAGGGGUUCUUCCUGCCCCCCACCUUCCCGGGGCUAGAGACUCCCGAUUCUAAGUCUGACCGGCCUGGUAUUAGUAACAUUGCUCUUGCUCCACUGGUUUGCCGGGGGCUGCCACCUUCCUGAAGAAGGGUGUUGAGAUUCCCUAUGGGCACAGCACUGGAGCAAGAGAAAGUCAAAGUUGCUUGUGACAAAAGGUCCCCAAGAGUGGACCAGCCCUGGAUGCAGGGAGGAAGGUUCAGCGUUCCCUCAUUUGUCUCCCUACUGCGUCGCAACCUCUUCCUCCAACUCUGAUGUCUCGAGGUAGGACCGAGGCACCUCCCCACCUCACUGUCUGGCCUUCUGGGUGUUUGUUCUUAGCAUAGAGAAUGACUCUUAUGAAUGUGCAAUAAAUUAGGACCCCAAACUUC